CGGCGGCGGCGGGCGCGGGGCCCGGGCGGCGAUGGCGCUGCGCUGUGUGCUGCUGCUGCUCUGCGGGGCCGCGCUGGGACCCGCCGUCCACCUCGACUUCGCCGAGCACCGCAGCCAGGCCGCCAAGAUCAAGGUCAACCCCCGCGGCAACCUCUGGGCCACAGGUCACUUCAUGGGCAAGAAGAGCGUGACAGGCUCCCCGCACCUGGAGGCUGCCGAGGAGCCUGCAGUGCCCAUGGUCUUUGGUCCCUCUCUCCGAGCCCUGCUGGAGGACAUGAUGGAACUGCUGACCCGGGAGCUCCUGAAAAUCCUCUUGCAAGAAAGGUUGCUGGAUGAGAACCAAGGGAAAUACGACCUCACUGGCCAGGAGACAGGGCUCUUAACAAAGGUGCUGGAGAAGUACUUCUCAAACUGAAGAGGAGCAUCUGGGGAGGAUGAGGUCUGCAAGGUCAGCUGUGCCUGCUGAACAGGGGAGAGCAUCGUCCCUGUGGGUUCCUAUGGCAACAGCACUUUUGUUUAUUCUUCCUGAAAUAUUGUUAAUAGUGCUGGGGUGUGGGAAAGUGGAGCCUCCCUGUGUGUUUUGUGUUUCCUUGAUGUCUGAUGUGCCUGUGUGAAUAAAACUGGUUGUUUGCA